AAUUGAAAUAAUUUAUGGGUUAUAUUUUCGCGCCAAAAGUAGAUACAGCUUUUUAACGAAUGAGUCGUAUAUAUGUAAAGAACAUCUAAUUUAAUUACAUAAAAAUGACAAGCAUAGAAGAAAUAAAGUCAUAUUUUCAAGAACUUAACAUAGUAGUAAAUGAUGCGAUAUUAAAUAAAUGCUUGGAAUUGUGUGCGACUUACAAUAUAGAUGCAGAAGAUUUUUGUGAUCAAUGGUAUGCUUUCACAGCUUCAAAUCUCAAUGGAGCUCCACCAACAAUUGAAGAUUUGGAAAAAAUGGAGAGAAAAGAAUUUAUUAAAUAUAAAGAUCAUAGUUUAACUAAAUCAAAUGUUUCUAAACAGAGCCAUGAUAUUGAAGGAGACAGAAUAAAAAAUUACGCGGAAGCUGCUGUAUUAACUCCAAAAGCAAAGGUUAAAGAAAAUGCUGGGACACCAACUUCGAAAAUUAUACAUGAAAAUAAGAGUAAUAUCAAUACACCAGUGUCAAUUAAAUCUUCAGAGAAGUUCAAUAAACGGAAAGAUUCUGGAUCAGUACAAAAUUCAUAUGGAUCUGUUGCAGCGAAAUUUAAAAGGGAUUCUAAUGUGGUGUUAUCUGUUAACGAAGUUCAAAGCCACAAAAUACCUACUGAUAUUAGGUACAUGUACGAAAUUAUGGGCAAAAAAAAGAGAAUUAUGAAUAAUAUGAUACGAGAUUUGGGACAUGAAAUUUUAGAUAAAUACGGAAUGAAUUUGUCAGAUGGCGUUCUAAUUAGCCAAAUGGGAGAUAUGGUAACUUAUGGAAGGAUCGUGUCAGAUGCAGAUGGUAAAAUAAAUUCGCAGUCGAUCCUCUUGGAAGGUACAGAUGAAACUAACCUCAACCACACAACUCGCCUCAAUAUUAGUAAAUUAUCAAGUUAUUCUUUAUUUCCCGGUCAAGUUGUAGCGGUCAAAGGAAAUAACGUGAAAAAUCUAGCAUUUGUUGCGGAACGUCUUUACUCUGAUGCUGUUUUAGAUUUACCUGAAAACCCGCCAAUUGUAAAUGGUUCUAUACAAAUAAUAGUAGCUGCGGGCCCUUUCACUUUUAAAGAAAACCUAUCAUACGAACCUUUACACGAACUCUUAAAAUAUGUAUUGGAACACGAACCUCACGUUUUAAUUCUACUUGGACCGUUUUUGGACAGCACUCACGAAGGCAUUUUAACAGGUCAAUUAACCCAAACUUUUGAUUCAUUUUUUGAAGAAUUGAUAGAAAAUCUAAUGAUAUCUUUACAACAUUUGGAUACUCGUGUUGUCAUAGUUUCUAACUUAAAAGAUGCCCACCAUCAUCCUGUAUAUCCCACACCGCCUUAUCGUACUAGAGAAAAUUACAAUAAAUUAACUUUCGUCUCUGAUCCAGCCGUCAUUGAGAUUGAUGGUUUGGUUAUGGCUAUUACCACGGCGGAUAUUUUGUUUCAUAUGAGCAAUUACGAAUUGCAUUACGAUAAAGAAUCUGUGAUUAAAUCUGGAAGAAUGGAAAGACUGAUUUCUCAUUUAUUGAGUCAAAAAAAUUUAUAUCCACUUUACCCUCCCCGGAAGGAAUUGAACGUGGACCAUGUCUUACUCGAACAAUUUGGAACAUUGAAAAAUAAACCUCACAUAUUAGUUUUGCCUUCAAAUUUAAAAAAUUUUAUAAAGGAAGUGAAUGAUUGUUUAGUAAUAAACCCGGAAAAACUCACCAAAGGAUUUGAAGCUGGAACAUUUGCUAGAAUCGAAAUAGAAUCUGGUAGCAGCAAAUCCAUCUGCGGUCGAGCAGCUGUACAAAUUCUUAAAGUUUAGAUCUAAGAGAUUUUAAUAUAUUUUCUUUAAAAAUGUGUAUUUCAACAUUAGAAUAAAUAAUUGAUAAUUAUAAAAA